UUGAUGCUUCAAUCACUGUUCAUAUCGAAUGUAAUAUAUUUCUCCAAAAUAAUAAAACAGAACAAUUACUGGUACGUCCUCUACGUGAUAUUGCACGUGGUCCUCCUUGCAAUGUCACUCUGGACUCACUAUAUGUGUAUGACAACAAACCCAGGUUACAUACCGGAAAUCAAAGAUGUGGACAUAGUGGAGGUUGAUAUGACAUUUACGCACUGCAAAAAGUGUGAUUCGUACAGGCCAAUUGGAUCACAUCACUGCAAAAGCUGUAAAAGGUGUAUUCUAAGGAUGGACCACCACUGUGUGUGGGUCUGUAACUGCGUAGGCAAAUUUAACCAGAAAUUCUUUAUGCAAUACUUAGUGUAUAUUAUGGUAAUGUCCAUUUUCGACAUACUGCUAAUAUUGAUCAACGUACGCGACUUCCUGUCAUACUCGGGGAAGAAUAACAAAUAUCAGUUGUACUAUAUAAUAAACCGGGCACCAUAUCUAAUAGUCAUAUUCGGGUGUAUAGCGAUAGUGUUCCUCCUGUUCUGUGCAAUAAUGUUGAUAGAUCAACUGGUAUCAGUAUUUAGGAACAGAACGGGAAUAGAUAGCCUCCAAAAAAUUAAAUUCCAAAGACUUAAGUUCAGAGAAUCGUUAAAAAACAUAUUCGGUAACACAUGUUCAGAAGUGUAA